CAGAGACUACGAGAAGCAUCCUUCUUGUACGAGUUCAGUAAAGGAAAAGGCUUCUACUUCAAAUGGCACCCAAGACAAACAAGAAGUCCUCCAAGGAGGGAAUCAACUCAAAGCUCGCUUUGACCAUCAAGUCUGGAAAGUACUUUUUGGGAUACAAGUCGGUGCUCAAGACUUUGCGAAGUGGAAAGGCCAAGCUGAUCAUUGUGUCUGCCAACACACCUCCUCUGCGCAAGUCGGAGCUCGAGUACUACGCCAUGUUGGCCAAGUGCGAUGUCCACCACUACGCCGGCAACAACAUCGAGCUCGGCACUGCAUGCGGAAAGCUCUUCCGUGUCGGUUGUCUCUCGAUUAUUGACGGUGGUGACUCUGACAUUCUGUCUCCCGCUUAGACUCCUUCUCUCUCUCCCUCUCUCUAGCAUAUCUCCUCAUUGCAUACUUCCCACACUUAUCUGUGACUAUCUUUUUGACUACUAUGUUUACUGAGCUG